CGGGCGUGUGAAUGGCUUCCAAGGCCAGAAAGCCGGAGGCUGAGGACAGCAGCCGUGACGGCGGGGAAUCGAGUUCCCCGAGAGCUUCAUCAUGAGUUUCCUAAUCGACUCCAGCAUCAUGGUCACUUCCCAGGUGUUCUUCUUUGGCUUUGGAUGGUUGUUCUUCAUGCGACAGCUGUUCAAGGACUAUGAGGUACGCCAAUAUGUUGUACAAGUGAUCUUCUCUGUGACCUUUGCCUUCUCCUGUACUAUGUUUGAGCUCAUCAUCUUCGAAAUCUUGGGAGUGCUCAGUAGUAGUUCCCGUUAUUUUCACUGGAAAUUGAAUCUGUGUGUAAUUCUGCUGAUCCUUGUUUUUAUGGUGCCUUUCUACAUCGGUUAUUUUAUUGUGAGCACCAUCCGACUCUUGCAUAGACAACGACUUCUUUUUUCCUGUGGCCUGUGGUUGACCUUCAUGUACUUCUUCUGGAAAUUAGGAGAUCCAUUUCCCAUUCUCAGCCCAAAACACGGGUAUAUUCCCAACAAUGGAAUAGAGUCAAAGGGGAUCUUGUCCAUUGAACAACUCAUCAGUCGGGUGGGUGUGAUUGGGGUCACCCUCAUGGCCUUGCUCUCUGGAUUUGGGGCUGUCAACUGCCCAUAUACCUACAUGUCCUACUUCCUCAGAAAUGUGACAGAUACAGAUAUUCUAGUCCUGGAACGCCGACUGCUUCAAACCAUGGACAUGAUCAUCAGCAAAAAGAAAAGGAUAGCAAUGGCCCGGAGAAACCUCUUCCAGAAAGGAGACAUGAACAACAAGCCAUCGGGCUUCUGGGGAAUGAUUAAGAGUGUUACCACUUCAGCCCCAGGAAGUGAGAAUCUCACUCUCAUUCAGCAGGAAGUGGAUGCUUUGGAAGAGCUGAGCAGACAACUUUUUCUGGAAACAGUUGAUCUGUAUGCUACCAAGGAAAGAAUAGAAUAUUCAAAAACUUUCAAGGGAAAAUAUUUUAAUUUUCUAGGUUAUUUUUUCUCUAUUUACUGUGUUUGGAAGAUUUUUAUGGCAACAAUCAACAUCGUGUUUGAUCGAGUUGGAAAGACCGAUCCUGUUACAAGAGGCAUUGAGAUCACAGUGAAUUAUCUGGGAAUCCAGUUUGAUGUGAAAUUCUGGUCUCAGCACAUUUCCUUUAUCCUUGUUGGAAUAAUAAUUGUCACAUCUAUCAGAGGAUUACUGAUCACUCUUACCAAGUUCUUUUAUGCCAUUUCCAGCAGCAAGUCCUCCAACGUUAUCGUCCUGCUCUUAGCACAGAUCAUGGGCAUGUAUUUUGUCUCUUCAGUGCUUCUCAUCCGAAUGAGUAUGCCCCUUGAGUAUCGCACCAUAAUCACCGAAGUCCUUGGAGAGCUGCAGUUUAACUUCUACCACCGCUGGUUUGACGUAAUCUUCCUGGUCAGUGCUCUGUCCAGCAUCCUCUUCCUUUACCUAGCGCAUAAGCAAGCUCCUGAGAAACACAUGACACCGUGAACAGAGAAGACUCGAGCCGGUCUCAAACUGCUGAGAGCCCAAGAGGCAAAGUCCGAAUGUCAGAGACGAAGGGGACUGAGGGGUUUGGGUUUUUAGAUAACAAGAAUGCUGUGGUGAUUUACACCAUCUCCAGCAUUUCUGCACCUAUUCCCAUAAGGAAACAGUGGUCAUUUGUGUUAUUGAGAUUAGCAGGAGAGAGGACAAGCAGAGCCAGUCUUCAGGCCACAGAACAUUUUGGGCAGUGUGGUACCCACACCGAAAAAAAUCAAAAGGAGUGGAGAGCAAAGGAAAAGACAUACUGGAAAACCAAGGCAGAAGGGAUUGCAUUAUCGCUAUUCUUGGAUGAUUUUUUGUUUGUAUGUUUAAAUUCCAAUUUCAUCAAGAACGAGAAAAGGAAAGUGGAAGUCAUUAAAAUCAUAAAGUUUUUGUGUA